CGAUUGGGAUUCUGGAGUAUAGAAUCAAAGACGUCUAACGCGGCUCGUCGUUUGGACUGGAGUAACCAUUGUUGUAUUGGAUCAUUUACUUGUGAAAUCAGAAAACCGCAUCAUUACAGUUCGCAUGCUGUGACUACCGGAACACACGGAGGGUUAACCUCUUACUUCAUCUUUCUUUGUAUGUCUGUGUUUAUUUCAUAAAAUUAAAGAAGCGACACCUCGCGUGGAAUGUGAAGUGUUGUUGCAGAGGCCUGUGAAAGUACGUCGUAAAAAAAUACAACUUGAUUGGGGUUCAUCGCGUCAUGGAUGUUGUUCCAGUUACUGAAAAGAAAAGGGUAAGCUCUGAGCGUAGGAAAGAAAAAUCAAGGGAUGCAGCUCGAUGUCGAAGAAGCAAAGAAUCUGAGGUUUUUUAUGAACUGGCCCACCAUCUACCACUCCCACAUAAUGUUACAUCACAUUUGGAUAAAGCCUCCAUAAUGAGACUAACCAUUAGUUAUCUUCGUGUAAGAAAAUUGUUAAGUCAAGCAACAGAGAAACUGGAAGAAUCAGAAUUGGAUUCUCAGAUGAACUGCUUCUACCUUAAGGCUUUGGAAGGAUUUGUUAUGGUCCUAUCUGAAGAUGGCGAUAUGGUUUAUUUAUCAGAGAAUGUCAAUAAAUGCAUGGGUCUUACUCAGUUUGAGUUGACUGGUCAUAGUGUGUUUGAUUUCACUCACCCGUGUGAUCAUGAGGAGUUGAGAGAAGUGCUUACACACAGGGCAGGAGCAGCAAAAAAGGGCAAAGAAGUUAACACAGAAAGAAGUUUCUUCCUUAGAAUGAAAUGUACUCUGACCAGCAGAGGUCGGACAGUAAAUAUCAAAUCUGCAACAUGGAAGGUGCUUCAUUGUUUAGGUCACAUACGUGCUUAUGAAUCUUGUGAGGAGCAGAAUGACUGUGGAUAUAAGAAACCACUUGUAACAUCUCUGGUUGUAAUUUGUGAACCAAUUCCACACCCAUCAAACAUUGAAGUCCCCCUUGACAGCAAAACAUUUCUGAGUCGUCACAGUUUAGAAAUGAAGUUUUCUUACUGUGAUGAAAGAAUUACUGAGUUAAUGGGUUAUCAACCUGAAGACCUGCUGGGGCGCUCUGUAUAUGAAUAUUACCAUGCAAUGGACUCUGACCAUCUGACAAAAACACAUCACAACUUGUUUGCCAAAGGACAGGCUACAACAGGACAGUACCGAAUGUUGGCAAAGAAUGGUGGUUAUGUUUGGGUUGAAACUCAGGCAACAGUUAUCUACAACUCCAAGAAUUCUCAACCACAAUGCAUCGUAUGUGUCAACUAUGUCCUGAGUGGUGUGGUUGAAAAGGACUUGAUCUUUUCUUUGAGUCAGACAGAAACUCUUCCAGUGAAAGCAAUUGAAGACCCUGAACUGGAAACUGUUAAAGUCACUGGCAAGACAGUACCAGAAGGUGAUGGUGACAGUUUAUUUGAUAAAUUAAAGGAAGAACCAGAGGCCUUGACUGUGUUGGCCCCUGCUGCAGGAGACACCAUAAUUUCUUUGGACUUCAGCACUACAGAAUCAGAGAUGUCAUCAUUUGAGGAAGUUCCACUGUACAAUGAUGUCAUGUUACCUUCACCCAAUGAGAAGAUGCUUAUGUCACCUGUCUCGUCAGCAGAAACUGUAAAACCACUUCGGAGUAGCCAUGAUCCAGCUCUAAAUCUGGAGGUUGCUGUAAAGAUGGAAACAAACGCAGAGCCUUUAGAACUUUCAUUCUCCAUUCCACAAAUUCACAAUUCAAGAACUAGUUCAUCAUUACAAAGUAGCACACAGAGCUCUCCUGGGCCAAACAGUCCAGUCGACUACAGCUUUGAAGUUGACAGUGAUAUUUCCUCAGAGUUUAAAUUGGAUCUGGUGGAGAAGCUCUUUGCUAUUGACACUGAAGCUAAGACAUCAUUUGUUUCUCAGGCAGGUGAUGACUUAGAUUUGGAAAUGCUAGCUCCUUAUAUACCAAUGGAUGAUGAUUUCCAGUUACGGACAAUGGACCAGAUGUCUCCAAUGGAAUCUUUACCGUCAAAUCCUCUAAUUAUGGAAAACAUGAACAGUCUUUUCCAGCCUGCAGAGACUUCUGCCAGUUCCAACUCAAAUACUGAAACAUUUGUGUUAAACACAGUGGAAAAGAAUACCAAGCCUCUGCUAAGAACAGUCUCUCCCCUCCAUAUGAUUCACAAUGUUCAGAGUUUAUCAGAUUCCUCCUUCAGUAUACAAACCAAUGAAGCGGCAUCAUUGCUGAAUAAUUCUCCAUCUGCAGAAAAACUGGACCGGCACUGUAACCAGUCCUCCAUACAAACACUACUGGGCAAAACGAUAUGCACUUUGGAUGAAGAAUUGAGCCCCAGGACGUGUGCUCAGAGGAAGAGAAAACUUCAAAUUGCGGAUUCACUUUCCAAAGCACUUGAAAUCGGUUCUGUGUUACCUGUUACAGAAGACUCUGUGGGAGCAUGGAAAAGAGCCAAAGCAUGCAAAGCAAGCGAAAAGGUGGCUCCCAAACACAAAACAAUCAUUUUGUUGCCAACAGACUUGGCAAGUCGACUACUGGCCAGCUCCUUUGAAAGCAGUGGAUUACCACAGCUCACCCGCUACGAUUGUGAAGUAAAUGCUCCCCUCCAAGGCAGACAGAACUUGCUACAGGGGGAAGAACUUCUCAGAGCUCUGGAUCAAGUGAAUUGAGCACACAGUGCUAAGUGCAAUCUAGGACAAUGGUGAAGAAUCACCAAAAUGUGUCUAUUUAUAUUUUCUAUAUAUGAUUAUUUUAGAAGCUGGGCUACAAUGCUGCAUCCACUUACUUUAGCAGAUGCAUUCUAAUUCCCAGUACAUUUUUAUUUUUUUAAUACUCGCAUUUUUGACAGAACAAUGGAUAUGAUGCUCUUUUAGUGACAGCUUGAAACUUUGAAUAGCUUGAAAGCUAAUGGUGCAGAGAAAGUGACAACUGCCUUGGUGACCCGGUUUUGGUUUGUAAAUACCAGUGUUUGUCUGCAGAUCAGCUUUGUUGUUGCUAGCUGGUUGACAUACCAUUCAUUUUCUUUAUCUUGGUUGACUUACAUUCAUUUUCUCAGUCUUUUCAAAAAGAAUGCUUUGCCAGCAGUGCAUUGUAGCCUCAUUCACACAAUAUAUAUUUUCUUAAACUAUACCAGCAGUUCAUGCAAUAUUCAGCAUUUUAAACUACUUUUAAAGGAAGAUUCAGCAAUUUAUUUUUCUUCUGUUGUUUCUUAUACUGUAUAUUACUGAAAACAUGUAAGCCUGGAAUGAUUAAUUCACAUUUUGUUUAAUUUCUUUCCGAUUCAGUUUAUCAGUUAGAAUAAAAUUACUGCCUAAUUUGUAGUCAUUCGACAGCUUUCAUUUCUGAUAAUUCAAAAUGCAUAUUUACUGAAAUUACAGAUUUUUUUUAAAUAUUUACAAUAGUCAUUUGCUUGACCUCAACCAAAUCUUUCUUGUAGUUGUGAAAAUUUCAUGCUUAAUACUUGUGUAACUAAAGAAUGUAAUGUUGCGCUUAAUCGGCGUGGUAUAGAUGACAAAUCGAGCAAAAGUGUUAAAGGUUUCUCAAUGUGUUAUCAAAUGCAUAGUUUUUAAGUUCCUCUAAAUGUCCCCUUUUUAAUGCUCCUUAUGGCUGAUGACAUCAUUAGGGUAAUAACCAAAUGUGAUGCAGUUUUAUUUUAACAUUUUUCAAAAUAGUUACAGUUAGACCUUUCUUGUGUGGUUGUGGAGUAUGGAUCUUCUGUUCAGUCACCUUCUUACUGUCUGUGGUUGCUUCUGACACUAAAUGUAUUGUUUCAUUACAUCAAUAAACAUUACAUGUGGACCAGGCUGCAAGUAUUAAAUCCAUUUCUUAUGGACAUUUUGUAUACAAUUCUGAAACAGUGGCUUCUGUGGGUAAUUAGAAAGUAUGUCCCAAAUUGAUAAAAUAAAUUACUUACAAAUGGAA